AUCGGUCGACCAGAUCAACCGAGCAGUUGGGGUGAACGAACCGUGGAUCGACGUCGUACUCGUACGUACGUACGUACUGUACGUGACGAUGGAUAGCUCCUCGGACGCUCACGGGCGUCACAGGUGCGCGGCGUGCUUCCGGCAGUUCAACAAGAUGGAGCACCUGGUGGAGCACAUGCGGGCGGCGCGGCACUCGGGGCACGAGCCCCGCUGCGACAUCUGCCGCAAGCACUGCCGCUCCUUCGAGGCGCUCAGGGACCACCUCGGCGUCGGCGGCUCCACGCUGCCCAAGGCCGCCAGCUGCGCCGACGCCUUCGCCGCGCGGGGCUGCGCCAUCUGCCUCCGCGUCCUCGCCGGCGCCGGCGCCGCGUCGCUCGGAGCCCACCGCGCGGCGUGCCGGCUCUCGCGCACCCCGCCGCCGAGGGCGCUGCAGCAGCAUCACCGGACGCAGCCGCAAGGAGGCGCGCUCGCGCUGGGCUGCAAGAUGGUCGGCGCCGGCAGCGACGGAUCCCUGGACGUGUGCGCGCGGGUGUGCGUCAUCGACGAGCAGGAGAACGUCCUGUUCGAGGCCUUCGUGAGGCCGCUCCUUCCCGUGACGCACUACCGGUACGAGACGACGGGGAUCCGGCCGGAGCACCUCCGCGACGGCGCGAGCGUGACGGUGAAGAGCGCGCAGCGCCGGGUGGAGGAGCUGCUGCUCGACGGCGAGCAGCCGUGGAGGGCGCGCACCAGCCGGGGCAGGGCGCGCCUGCUGGUCGGCCACGGCCUCGACCACGACCUCCACGCGCUGCACAUGGACUACCCGGCCUACCUCAAGCGCGACACGGCCACGUACCCGCCGCUCAUGAAGACCAGCAAGCUCAGCAACUCGCUCCGCUUCCUCACGCUCAACUACCUCGGCUACGAGAUCCAGACGGGGCACCAGCACCCCUUCGAGGACUGCGUCGCCGCCAUGCGCCUCUACCGCAGGAUGCGCGGGCAGCAGCACCACCCCAGGGCCGACGCACACGCACCGGCGCCGGCCGCGGACGACCAGCAGCCGUUCCCGUCGUGGAGGCAGCGGGAGCUGGAGCGCAUGACGCCCGAGGACCUCCUCCGGCUCUCCACGCCGGACUACCACUGCUGGUGCCUCGAUGCGUAGCGUGUGGCUUGAGCAUCUAUCUCCGUCAGAGGCUCAGAGCCAGCCCGAGCGCAUCCUGAUCGCGUUCCCGCCCCAUGACCAAUGACGUGGUCGUGUAUAAGAUUCUGCACCGUUCAGCCGUUCGUCAGCUCCUCCGGCUCACACGAACUUCUGUACCAAGUAUCUAAUCUAUCCAUAGCUACUCCAAAAGUACAAUCCGAUCCACCCGUAUGAUUGAGGGAGAGGGACAGAGAAUGUACCUGUGGAUCCGUUCGAUAUAAAACGCCUGUUAGAGUAU